UCCUCCUCUCUCUCUCUCUCUCUCUCUCUCUCUCUCUCUCUCUCCAUGCACGAAAUUCCAUCCUUCACAUUGGGUCCUACUGGCUACUAAAAAUUGAGUCACUUCUUCAUCCAGAACCCAUAUCUUCCCUCCCCUCGCGACAGCGCAGAAACUUAUCCAUCCGAGAAAUAAGAGAUAGACAGAGAUUUCAAAGCAGAAUACAUUAGUGUUGGGAGGGGGGCGACGAAGAGAUAGAUGUCUUUGAGAAUAAAAGCGGUGGUCGACAAGUUCGUGCAGGAGCUGAAGGAAGCACUGGAUGCGGAUAUAAAGGACCGAAUCAUGAAGGGGAGAGAGAUGCAGAGCUACAUUGAUGAGCGCGAACGUGAAGUCGCCGAGCGUGAAGCCGCUUGGAAGGUCGAGCUUUCUCGUCGCGAGGCAGAGAUUGCACGACAAGAAGUGAGGCUCAAGAUGGAGAGACAAAAUCUUGAGAAAGAGAAAAGUGUCCUAAUGGGAACUGCAUCAAAUCAAGACAAUCAAGAUGGAGCUCUUGAAAUCACUGUAAGCGGUGAAAAGUAUCGAUGCCUCAGGUUUGCAAAGGCAAAAAAAUGAGGUCUUACCUUAAAGGGUGGAAAAAUAAAGAAAGAAAUCCAUGGUUGGGUGUGAUUUCUUCUUUCCCCUAAACUUGCCUUAACCAAUGUUCUUGUUAAGAUUCUUCAUUCUUUUGGAUGCUUCAAAUAUGUACAUUUAGGUACCCCCACUAUAAUCUGAAUUGGCCUUGUCUCCGGACUUAUUAUUUAAUUCAAGAAAAUUUCUAUUAUC